UCCCCUGCAUCGGCAGGUGGACUCUCAACCACUGCGCCACCAGACGCACACAGGAAACACAACAGACCAGGCCCUAACCACUACUUGCCCCAAAAGCUGCCCCAUUAACUCUCCAGGCCCGACUGGUCCCGCCCACGCCUACGGCCUCCGGGGUUCUAAGUCCCCGCCCCCUCUGAGGAGUUUCCCAAAACCCAGCGCGGCAGGCCUCAGCCGCGCUAAGAUGGCGACUCCCAUGCAUCGCCUCAUAGCCCGGAGACAAGCUUCUGAGCUGAAGAGUUGGUCUGAGUUACCUAGUCUGCCAUUACUGGAAUGGAAUCGAGGAAAGAAGAUUUGUACUCAGUUCUGUCUAACUCCCAGUGAAGCAAAUAAACAACAUGUAAGAUGUCAGAAAUGCUUGGAAUUUGGGCAUUGGACUUAUGAAUGCACAGGAAAAAGAAAGUACCUACAUAGGCCUUCAAGAACAGCAGAACUAAAGAAAGCUUUAAAAGAAAAAGAAAACAGAUUAUUAUUACAGCAAAGCAUUGGAGAAACUAAUGUAGAAAGAAAGACCAAGAAAAAAAGGUCUAAGAGUGUAACUAGUUCCAGUAGCAAUAGCAGUGACAGUUCAGCCAGUGAUUCUUCGUCAGAGAGUGAAGAGACCUCUACCUCAUCCUCCUCAGAGGACAGUGACUCUGAUGAAAGCUCCUCCAGUUCAUCAUCUUCAGCCUCCUCCACAAGCUCUUCCUCGUCCUCAGAUUCAGACUCAGAUUCCAGCUCUUCCAGUAGCAGCAGCAGCAGCACAAAUAGUAGCUCUGAGGAUGAACCACCAAAGAAGAAGAAAAAGAAAUAGAAUUGUUCCAUCCAUGUUGGACUGAUGGACUAAAAACAUUAAUGUGAUUCUCAGAAGGGAAUUUAGAAUGUGUUAAGACCAAAUAGGUUAACUGAUCAAAAUUUUUAGAGUUCAAAAGUUUCUAAAUGUUUUACAUUGUAAGAGCAUAAAGAGUAUUAAUAAGGGAUUAUAUAUAUAAAGACUUUUUUAUUUUAGGGGUGAAUCUUGUUUUUUUUUAUCUUUAAAAUAUAUCUCUAAAAUUAAUCAAAGCUGAAAUCUAGUAAAUCUUUUUGUGAUGAAACCUAUCUUUUCUCCCUGUGAAAUAAAUGCCAUACUUUGUUACAUGUUAGUGCUAUGUAUCAGACAUGUUUUCAGGAUAAUGCAUCAGAAUAUCUAUCUGACAGUGAAUUUCUAAUGCUUUUGGCUGUAUGUUACUAUGUAAGAUUUAAUAACUCUAUAAGCUUAGAGUUUUCCUACUGUUAAUAAAUGUGCUCUAUUUUUAUGUUUAUGUUCAGAAAGUUGUUUUGACUUCUUCUCCUAAGUGAAGAGUUCAAGGAAUCUAUUAAUAAAUUUAUACCUUUUGGAUGGUACAAGUUUUAA